AUGCAGUGUAAAUUAUGUGUUCAAUCAGAUUAUCCUCAUCACUACUACAAAGUACACAAACCAAACGUUUCAGAACCAUAUGUAUCCCCACAUGUAAACAGACAGUCAAUCAUAAUUGAUUCCAAGACAGGGGCUCGUAAAUCCCCUUUCACAACUCGGCUUACUCUAAAGUUUUCUGACGUACGCACUAUGAAGAAUUUGUUUGAAAAAGGUUUGGAGACUUCACGCUUUCAACCCUGUUUGGGACGACGUUCUAGUCCAAAUGAAAAAUAUACUUGGUUAACGUAUAUAGAAGUAGAUGACAAAAUACAGGCAUUUGGAUCAGCUUUAGUGAAAGUUGCUUCUCAUAUUCCAUGGAGUGAUAAUUGUGUUGGUAUUUUUGGUCGGAAUUCACCCGAGUGGUUUAUUGCGCAGCACGCCUGUGCAGCUUAUGGGUUCCCAAUAGUUCCUAUCUAUGCAACUUUAGGUGACGAAGCCAUGCAACAUAUCCUUAAGCUAACUGAACUACGUGUUGUUGUGUGUGACUCGGGUGAAGAAAUAUGCCGUGUCUUAGAACAAUCAUUGUCCUUCAUCAAUUUAGUAAUUGUAGUAAACGAUGGUCCUAAAGUCGCAGAAGCCAAGGUUCGGUUUUCAUCAAAUGUGAAAAUCUAUUUAUUUGAUGAAUUUUUAGCUAUUGGAAUUAAAUAUCAUAUUCCAAAAACUGAUCCUAAACCAGAUGAUUUAUAUAUGAUUUGCUUUACCAGUGGAAGCACAGGUUUACCAAAAGGUGUGAUGAUCGAACAACAACAAAUUGUCGAUGCAGUCUUUGGAAUCAUUGAAAAUACUGAAGAGAAGUGCUGUAAUAAAUUAUCAACGCAUCUUUCAUAUUUGCCAUUUGCUCAUAUCAUGGAGCAAGUAAACUCCUCUGUUGUCAUUCUCGAAGGAGCUAAAAUCGGGUUCUUGACAAGUACUGUCGAUGGACUACUUGCUGAUUGUGAAAGUCUAAAGCCAACUGUAUUAACUGCUGUUCCACGUGUUUUAUCCCGUAUUUAUACCAAGUAUUAUGAAGCCAUUGAAGGAUCAGCUCUAAAAACUCGUUUGGUUAAUCAUGUAAUAAAGCAAAAGCUUGGUGAACAAAAACGGGGGAAAUUUAAUCAUCAAAGUAUUUUGGACACACUUUGCUUUAAAAAACUUCACCAAUCUCUUGGUGGACGUAUUUGUGGAAUAAUAACAGGCGGUGCUCCUUUGAUGCCCGAAAUUACACAGUUUAUGCGUGCUGUAUUUAAUGGACUUGUUGUCGAAGGCUUUGGUUGCACAGAGACUAUGGGAGUUGUAACCGUAUCUUUAGUCGGAGAAUUUCGUGUUGGUGCUUUGGGUGCCGUUGCUUAUGGUGUAGAAGUUAAAUUGGCCGACGUAUUAGAUUUAGGUCUUGUUGUCAAAAGAGAUAAUCGAGGAGAGGCACCUAAUGAAUUAUCAUAUGAAAAGUGUGAAUUUCGUCGAGUGCCAGCCGACUGGGAACCUAAGUUGUAUGGUUCGCUGCAUACAGAUCCCAACCGUCUUCAGAUAAAUUUAAUUUGUAAAUACCGUUAA